AUGCGGUCACAGCCGCCUCGUGAUGCUGCUUUGUGCUUUAUUGUGGGGAAGCAAUUAAACAGACUGCCGACCGAUUAUACUAAGGUCGCACCAGCACUUGAGCUCGUCCGACCGGUGCGAACUCCCAAUGUGACAUUCCCUCGCUUUGACGGCCUAGCCCAUUGGGUUGGAUAUAACUCAACAAGCCUCGCAGGUUGGAUUGUUUUCACGGGGCUCAUUAUGCUGUCGCGAAUCUCCCGCCCCCGCGUGGACAUGCUCAGUGUUGUUGCAGCACUUCUUUAUGCUUCGGCCGCUAUAGCUUCACAACAUGCUGCCGUCGGUAGCUUUGACGUUCUUGAUUAUGUCAAUCCCUUCAUUGGAACCGCGAAUGGAGGACACGUUUUCGCCGGCGCAACACUGCCGUUUGGCAUGGCCAAAGCUGUCGCGGAUACAGUGGGCGAGAAUCAAGCUGGUUUUGCAUACGACGACUCGACCGUCACAGGCUUCUCGCACAUGCACGACUCGGGCACAGGUGGUUCACCAUCCAUGGGAAAUUUCCCUAUAUUUGCCCAGCCUGCCUGUCCCCACGACGACAUAAACCAAUGUGUCUGGCAGCAAACCGACCGAGGAGUGGCCUGGCUGGAAAAUAACCACUCUCCUGUUGCCCGUCCCGGAUAUUUUGGCAUCUCAUUGGAGAACGGUGUCCAUGCAGAAAUGACAACGACCAAUCGUUCAGCUUUGUAUAGAUUCACCUUUGACAACUCAUCCAGUACCUCUCUGAGCCCUGUGAUUCUGGUGGAUUUGAUGGAUCUACCGCAGUCACGGACCAAUGGAACCGCCGUUGUAGAUCAGUCAACCGGACGGCUCAGUGGAAACGGCACGUUCAAUCCCAGCUUUGGUAUUGGAAGCUAUGAUCUCCAUUUUUGCGUUGAUUUCAAGGGGGCCGAGCUCCGUGACACAGGUGUAUGGACUAAUAACCGCGCAAACUUCACCCAAAAGACUGUGACCAUGCUAGCUGAUGGGAACAAUACCCCGGACACUCUAUCAGGUGGUACAUUUGCCCGGUUCCACGCACCACAAAACAAUACCAUCUUGGCUCGGGUCGGUGUAAGCUUCCUGAGCGUGAAUCAAGCUUGCGAUAACGCGGAGAAGGAACAGCCUGAUUUCGACUUUGAUGGAACACGGGCAGUAGCAGAAGAUGCGUGGAGGAAGAAGCUGAAAGCCGUUUCUAUCGAUGCGGAAGGGGUCUCGAAGGAUUUUCAAACCAUUUUCUGGAGCGGAGCUUAUAGGGCUUUUAUCUCCCCGCAGGACUAUACAGGUGAAAAUCCUCUCUGGAAGAGUGACGAGCCUUACUACGACAGCUAUUACUGCAUUUGGGACUCUUAUCGCAGCAUUCAUCCACUCUUGACCCUUGUGGAUCCCGUGUCGCAGUCCCUCAUGAUGCGCAGUCUUGUCGACAUCUAUCGACAUGAAGGCUACUUACCUGACUGUCGCAUGUCUCUGUGCAAGGGAUUAACCCAGGGAGGCUCCAAUGCAGAUGUAGUCAUGGCAGAUGCCUACCUGAAAAAGGUCCCCGGCAUAGACUGGGAUACUGCUUAUGAAGCUGUGGUAAAAGACGCCGAAGUGGAGCCUCAGAACUGGAACGUGGAGGGACGCGGUGGGUUACACAGCUGGAAGAGUCUUGGGUACAUUCCAUUCGACGACUACGAUCCAUACGGAGUGGGCACGCACACUCGCAGCGUCUCACGAACAGUGGAGUACGGAUAUAACGACUUUUGCAUUGCAGAGAUGGCCAAGGGAAUGGGACAUUUGGCCGACCACGAUAAAUACAUUACGCGCUCUGGAAACUGGAACAAUUUGUUCAAAGCGGAUCAAAAGUCCAGCAUCAAUGGAGUUGACACUGGCUUCACUGGCUUCCUGCAGCCUCGAUAUACGAACGGUACUUGGCGCUACCAGGACCCCAUUCUGUGCAGCCCUCUUCUGGACUUUGAUGGCUGCUACCUCAACCCUACCGGUCAUGAGACAUACGAAGGAAGCGCUUGGCUGUAUACCUUUUAUGCUCCCCAUGACAUGGGAGCAUUAGUCCAGGCGCUUGGUGGAAUGAAAAAAUUCACUUCUCGAUUAGAAUACUUCCACAAAUCUGGACUGCUGUACGUGGGCGACGAGCAGGCCUUCCUUCCUAUCUUCCAGUUCCAUUAUUCGGGACGCCCCGCUCUGUCGGCAAAGUACAGCCACUCCUACAUUCCAUCUCAAUUUAACACCACUGUUGAAGGUAUUGCCGGCAAUGACGAUAGUGGAGCCAUGGGGUCAUUUGUCGUCUUGAGUAUGAUGGGUCUUUGGCCAGUACCAGGUCAAGAUGUCUACCUCAUCACUCCGCCAUACUUCAAAGAGGUCAACGUUACGAACGGCAUUACAGGUAAUGUUGCGACGGUCCGGAACGUGAACUUUGAUCCAAGCUACGCAUCAAUUAAUAUUCAGAGUGUCAAAUGGAAUGGCAAGCCCUGGACGAAGAACUGGAUUACCCAUGACUUCUUUACGGAUGGUGGAGUUCUUGAACUGGAGCUGGGUGCGGUGGAAAGUGAUUGGGGAACCAAGAUUGAAGACUUGCCUCCUAGUCUCUCAGACUAUCACACCUAA